UGAAUAGCGGGAGAAAGGAACUCGAGAGAGAAGAAGAGGGAGGCGGUCGGCUGCUCACUCCACAGUCCACAGUCUCCACUCUCAAGUCUCAAGUCUUGCGUUGUCUGGCCACUACCGCGGGGCGCCGGCCAAUCAGUUACGCGUAGCGCUCUCCAAGAAAACCGCCUCCGCCUCCCCCUCCCCCUCCCCCGCCUCCUCCACGACCACGCCUAGCUUAAUGCGGGACUAAGUGUAUAUAAAACUAAUCACCAGCACACGCACACGCACACGCACACGCAGCGGCAACCCGACGACGACGAGCCGGGCCGAGGGAUGAAGGGCCACCACCACCACCACCUGGCGCCGCUUUCGCCGCCGGCGGCGACGGCGGCCAAGCGCCGCUGCACCGGCAUGGCGGCCGCCGUCCCGGCGCUGGUGCUCUGCUCCGUCCUCCUGCCGCUCGCCUUCCUCCUCGGCCUCCACAGCACCGGGUACGGAUCGGAGGAGCGCGCGGCCGUCGUCAUCAGCACCGAACUGGGGCUGGGGAAGCACAAGCAUCUUGAUGGGGCCAUGAGGCACAAGCUGCUCAAGGAUGUUUCCAAAAUGAUAACCUCGGGGUCGAACGGGAUUUCCAGCGAGAAAUCUAGUAGAUCAAAGUCCAGGAAUCUUGCUGCCAGAUCAAAAAUCAAGGAUGCUUUCUCCUUUGUUGAGCUAAACAAUGACACAUCCAAAAAGAGAGGAUCUCAUACACAAAGGUAUCAACUAAAGGACUUGUCAUGGAGAUCAACGGAUACUGCUGUUGAUGGGAAGGAGAGCCAAGGCCAGGAAGUAGCACAAGAGGAGAAUCCCAAGUCCUGUGAACUUGAAUAUGGAAGCUAUUGCCUCUGGUCUGUUGAGCAUAAGGAAGAGAUGAAAGAUGCUAUUGUGAAGAGGCUUAAAGAUCAACUGUUUAUGGCCAGAGCCUAUUAUCCUAGUAUUGCAAAACUGAAGCACCAGGAAAGAUUUACACGUGAGUUGAAGCAACAUAUCCAAGAACACGAACGCAUGCUCAGUGACACCAUUGCAGAUGCUGAUCUUCCACCAUUUUUCACAAAGAAGCUAGAGAAAAUGGAAGGCACAAUUGAGAAAAUCAAGUCUUGUGAAGUAGGCUGCUCCAAUGUUGAGCGGAAACUUAGGCAGCUACUCGAUCUAACUGAAGAUGAAGCUUAUUUCCAUACAAGGCAGAGUGCAUUUCUCUAUCAUCUCGGGGUCCAGACUAUGCCAAAAACUCACCAUUGUUUGAGCAUGAGAUUGACAGUAGAGUAUUUCAAAUCUGUAUCUCCUCAGAGGGAGCUAUUAAAUAAGCAGAAAUUUGAAGACCCUGCCUUCUAUCACUAUGUAAUGUUCUCCAGGAAUGUACUUGCAGCUUCGACUACUAUCAAUUCAACAGCCAUGAACUCCAAGGAUUCUGGCAGCGUUGUUUUCCAUGUAUUCACCGACACCCAGAAUUUUUAUGCAAUGAAGCAUUGGUUUGACAGGAACUCAUAUUUGGACGCUAAUGUCCACGUGACUAACAUUGAGGAUCACAACAAGCUCUCUAAGGAUGUUGAAUCUCUUGAGAGGCAACAAUUAUGGCCUACAGAGGAAUUUCGUGUCACGUUUCGUAAUCAUUCUCAGCCUCUCCGGAGGCAGAUGAAAACUGAGUACAUAUCUGUUUUUGGCCAUUCACAUUUCCUCUUGCCUGAUCUUCUUCCUAGCUUGAAUAGAGUAGUUGUUCUAGAUGAUGAUAUGAUUGUCCAGAAAGACUUGUCAUCUCUUUGGAACCUCAAUAUGGGAGACAAAGUAAUAGGUGCUGUACAGUUCUGUGGAGUUAGAUUAGGUCAGUUGAAAGCUUAUGUAGAGGAAAACAAUUUCGACGCGGAUUCAUGCGUGUGGUUCUCUGGUCUGAAUGUAAUUGAAUUGGAGAAAUGGAGAGAUCUUGGCAUUACCAGCUUGCAUGAUCAAUCACUUCAGAAGGAUAGUUCGGUAUCACAUAGACUUGAAGCACUCCCUACAGGUUUACUUGCCUUUCAAGACCUGAUAUAUCCUUUGAAAGGUUCAUGGGUUCAGUCCGGUCUUGGAUACGAUUAUGGAAUUAGCCGUGUCGAUAUAGAAAAGGCGGCUACUCUGCACUACAAUGGUGUCAUGAAACCUUGGCUUGAUUUGGCAAUACAUGAUUACAAGAGCUACUGGAGAAAGUAUAUGACUAAUGGGGAGAGGUUCAUGGCAGAAUGCAAUAUACAUUAAUGGCAGUGACAUGAGACGUAGCACACGUUGCACAGUCUGCAUUUGUGGGAGUUUGAAGCAGCAAACAGCAUGAACUUGCUUCCACAAAGGGAUAUUUUUUCGGAGAAAUGGGAUGCAGUAUUUAUGAUGUAUCAAGUGCACCUCCGGUGACCAUGGUGGCACCGCGUUGAUUCCAAGAAGGAAAAUAAGCUAAAAUGCUUUCCUGCCAGAACACUACAGUUAGGAGGCCAGAUGCACAGCAGCAUGAAACCUGUUUAUUAUAGAGUCAGAUGAGUCUUUUCAUUUGCGCAGCUUGGAACCGCAAAAGUGCAGUUCUAUGCUGAUCAUUUUUUGUACAAAUUCUUUCGUGCUAUUCUUUUUGCCCAUGUGCAAGAGCUACACUGAGGGACGCCGAUGUUCAGUGCUACACGGCGUGUACAGAGAACAAAUGCCUCGGCCUGCAGCAAUUCGCUUGUUAUUAUGGGAUGGGAUUGUUGAUCUCUGUUGAUGACAUCAUAAAUGAAUGUUUGUCA